CCCAACGACUGGCUCGCGCACCCAGAACUUCUGCCGCCACGCCCGCACACAUUUACGGAGACAAAGUACCUGCGGCUGUUCGCAGUUGACCUAGCCGGACGAAGCAACCAUGACCAAUACGUAUUCUUGGCACCCAACGGGCUCGCUGUCGUCGGACUCGCGCUACAAGCCAUGCCCGCUGCAGUAUGUGCCACCAAAGCUGGAACACUUGGAUGUGCAUGAGCUCGCGGCUGCCGCGGUCGACGAGGACGCACAGGAGGAGGGCGAUGGAGGGGCCGAUGCCGGGACCGCCGGUGCCGAGGGCGCCCCGGAUGGGAGACCGGGCGAGGCCGGCGACGGGGAGGCGGUCGGGGCAGACGCCGAUAACGGCGAUGCUGCAGGGGAAGCAGCUGACGAGGAGGCCGGCGGAGACGCGGCAGCGGCAGGGACGUCUGCGGGCGUGGGGUUGCCAGCAGCGGAUGGGGCCGGGGCACUGGAGGGGCGGGAGGCGCCGCAGCAGGGGCAGGGCACAGCGGGGCCAAGCGGCGGUGGAGGUGCAGGUGGAGGCGGCGGCGGUGGUGGUGGCACUGAGAUGGAUGGCACGUCGCGCGCGUGGCGGCAGCGGCAGAUGCACGUGAUCGAGCCCUUCGCCAAGUCGGACUGCGCUCGCAUAAACUUCGAUGCCGGCGCAGUGCGCAACCGCGCCGCCUCCAAGGCAUCGGGGCGCAAGCGGCACCGCGGGCCGCCGCCGCUGCAGGGCUCGGCGCUGCUUGCCCGCAUUGAGCGCAAGCCGCUGCCGCCGCCUCCGGCCCCAGCCGCAGCCGCAGAGGCCGGGGCCGGAGCAGGGAAGGACGCGACGGGGGAGGAGGGCGGCAAGGCGGCGGCAGCAGCGGCGGCGGCACCAGAGGCAGGCGCGACGGGAGCGGCAGGAGCGGCUGAAUCAGGGCUGGCUGGGAAGGCCGGCGGGACCGGCGGCAAGGAGGGCAAGGGGGGAGGCAGCAGCGCGCCAAGGCACGCCCCCAGCUUCCCUGUGUGGGCGGUGAGCGGCGGGCAGCUGCUGGAGGUGAACGAGCGGCUGGCGGCAGACCCGGGGCUGGUGUUCGAGAGGCCCUGCCGCGAGGGCUACGUGGCCCUGCUGUUCCCGACCAAGGAGCAGGCGGCGGGGCUGCGGCGGAGGCUGCUGGGCGAGGCGCAGUACCUGGCGCUGCGCGGCCUGACGCCAGAGGACCUCAUGUGAAGGUUGUGAGAUGGUGUUUGUGGGAUGGUGUUUGUGGGAUGUGAGGACAGGUGCGUUGAAGCAGCUAGGUGUGGCGGCGCAGGUGUACGCACGUGCGUGCGCGGGGGAAAGCGGCGGCUGGCGGCGGUGUGUGGCGUGCUGUGCAGGUGCCGCGAGGCAGGCGCUGCGCGAGGCGUGCUCCAGGGUUGUGGUGGGGCUAGCAGCAGCUUUAAAGGGCCUGGGGCACUGGAGGCCUGGAGGGCAGUGGGCACUUGCACGUUAGCUUAGGAGGAAUAAACAGAUUAGCGAUUACGUCUCGUGAGGCGCGCAGCGUACACGGGGUGAACCAAGUGACACCACAAGAUGUUGCGUCGUCCCAGUCGCGAUCGGCUCGG